CAGUACUGGUCAAUUUCAUUUUUGUAAGAAAAAAAUGAAAAAUAAUUAGAUCUUCAUCAUCUUCAAACAAUAGAACCGCCAACGAGGUUCCACCCUAUUCAUCCUCGCUGUGUGUAAUCAUUCCUCACUUUUUUUUCAGUUUAUUUUAUUAAUCAUUUUCUUUUCUCUCUCAUCUCUUGGUUAUUUGUAUUACAUAACGAGAAGAGAAUCAAUCUCCUCCUAGGUCCUUUCACUUCUCCUCUCUCUUACUCUUAUUCUCUAUAAUAAGAUCAUAGAUCUUUGUGAUCAUCGUACUUCACAGAUCUAGUUAUCACUUUCAAAUAUGUCUUCCAAAGAUCAGAAACAAGGUGGUGGCGGUUUCUUCGCUUCCAUUGCUUCUAGUUUAUCAAAUUUUGGUACUGCUAUGCACAAAUCUGUUAACGGGGCUCUUGGGAUUGAAGGGCUUGAAGUUAUAAAUCCAGAAGGUGGAACAGAAGAUGCAGAAGAAGAAGCACAUAAAGGACGAUGGAAGCAAGAGGAUAGAGAUAGUUACUGGAGAAUGAUGCAGAAAUAUAUAGGAUCAGAUGUUACAUCUAUGGUCACUCUACCUGUGCUCAUUUUUGAGCCAAUGACGAUGCUUCAGAAAAUGGCAGAGUUGAUGGAGUACUCCCACUUGUUAGAUAAGGCAGAUCAAUGCGAAGAUCCCUAUAUGCGUUUGGUGUAUACUUCAUCAUGGGCAAUAUCUGUCUACUAUGCCUACCAAAGAACCUGGAAGCCUUUUAACCCUAUACUGGGUGAAACUUAUGAAUUGGCUAAUCAUGGUGGAGUCACAUUUAUGUCAGAGCAGGUGAGUCAUCAUCCUCCAAUGAGUGCUGGACAUGCUGAAAAUGAACACUUUGCUUAUGAUGUAACGUCCAAGUUGAAGACCAAAUUUUUGGGGAAUUCUCUUGAUGUCUACCCCGUUGGAAGGACACGAGUGACACUUAAAAGAGACGGUGUUGUCAUAGAUUUGGUCCCCCCUCCCACUAAAGUUAAUAACCUUAUAUUUGGUCGUACUUGGGUGGACUCUCCAGGGGAGAUGAUCAUGACAAACUUGACUACUGGAGACAAAGUUGUCCUAUACUUCCAACCAUGUGGUUGGUUCGGGGCUGGUCGGUACGAAGUAGACGGAUACGUGUAUAAUGCUGCGGAGGAACCCAAAAUUCUGAUGACUGGUAAAUGGAAUGAGUACAUGAGCUAUCAACCAUGUGAUCUGGAAGGCGAGCCCCAAUCAGGCACCGAACUAAAGGAGGUCUGGAGAGUUGCUGAAGUUCCACCAAAUGACAAAUUCCAGUACACACAUUUUGCCCAUAAAAUAAACAGCUUAGACACUGCACCAAGGAAACUGUUGGCAUCAGACUCUCGUCUGCGUCCGGAUAGAUAUGCUCUUGAGAAGGGUGAUCUAUCUAAAGCUGGUGCGGAGAAAAGCAGUCUCGAGGAAAGGCAGAGAGCGGAAAAGAGGAGUCGAGAAGCCAAGGAUCAAAAGUUCAUUCCAAGAUGGUUUGACAUGUCUGGUGAAGUUACUCCUACACCUUGGGGUGACUUGGAAGUUUACCAAUUCAAUGGUAAAUAUAUGGAACAUCGGGCUGCAGUCGAUAGCUCAGAUGCUACUGAUGACGACGUUGACGUCAGAUCAAUCGAGUUCAAUCCAUGGCAGUUCGGUAAUGUGGUCUCAGAAUGAUGAGUCUGUAUGCUUGUUCUUAUUUCUCUUUUUGAUAUUUAUCCAUUGAAUCUUUUUUCCCUCUAGGAGUAAAGAAGGAAAACCUUCUAGAUAUGAUAUUGUAGAAAGUAUUUGUUGUUUUGUGGAAAGUGAAUUUAGGCAUUUGAUUUCUAAUUUAUGCUGUGGAAGUCUAUUUACCUGCCAACAGGGAAUCUUCUCCUCCAUAUUCCCUGAUUCCCUCGUCUUAUGUUUCAAAUCAUGAUAUGUUUCUUCCUUCAAUUCGAACAGAAUUCAUAAGUUAAAAUAACAACUUUUGUCUCGAA